AUGUUGAGCAUUGAUGGAAACUUCCCUGAAUAUGCUGUUCCUGGAGCCAAACAAGUUCGCUUUGAGCCGUACGCUGACAAUGGAGGCAGCAUUGUUGCCAUUGCCGGUGAGGAUUACGCUGUAAUUGGUGCAGAUACCCGUCUCAGCACCGGUUUUUCAAUCUACACAAGAGAGCAGAAGAAACUAUUUAAGUUGUCGGACAAAACGGUUCUGGGAGCUACGGGAUGUUGGUGCGAUACCCUUACCUUAACGAGAUUGCUUCAGGCGAGAAUGCAGAUGUACGAACAUGACCACAACAAGUCAAUGACGACCCCCGCCGUGGCUCAGAUGCUUUCUACUAUGUUAUAUUAUAAACGCUUCUUCCCUUAUUACGUGUCCAACGUACUAGCAGGCUUGGAUGCUGAGGGUAAGGGCUGUGUUUACAGCUACGAUCCAAUUGGCCACUGUGAGCGCUCUAACUACCGCGCUGGUGGUUCCGCGGGCGCCCAGCUGCAGCCACUCCUUGACAAUCAGAUAGGCUUAAAAAAUAUGCAAAAUGUAAAAGAAGCCCCUAUCCCACGAGAAAAAGCCUUGGCUUUGUUAAAGGAUGUGUUCAUCAGUGCCGCUGAGCGUGACAUUUACACAGGAGACUGCAUCUACAUCUUGAUCAUUACUGCUAAUGGCAUCCAAGAAGAAAAGUUCGAAUUGCGUAAAGAUUAA